AUGGCAAAGAGGAAGAAAGGAAUUUCUAGAGGCCGAGUAUGUAUUGUUUUAUUUCUUCUGAUUCUAGCAGGAACAUCACUGUUGAAUAUAAUGUCUGUCUUGCAAACUACUUCGCGAACAAGCAGCGCCGAGAAGGAACCGGUCGAAUAUGACGUGCUAUUUCACAGACAGUCGUUAAAAUCUGUUUUGCCUCCAGUGUAUUGGACGAGAGAGAAAACUGUUCUAUCGAAGGCAGAUGACUCCGACGUCAGCAGGAGAAGAAAAGAAUUUUGUGAUAAAUAUGAAGGAUAUGAUAAUGUUUGCAAUUGUGGCAAUCCAGUUUUUCUCGACUUCAACCUGCCUGCUUUUCAAGAUGGCAGCCGGCUCCAGCUUCCAAUGGCAAUCAUGGCUGGAAACAGACCAAGUUACUUACUGCGCAUGCUCUUCAGCCUGCACAGGGUCGAAGGCCUGGAUCCUAGUUUAGUAACUGUUUUUAUUGAUGGGUUUUUUGACGAGCCGUCGUCAAUUGCCAAGUUGUUUCAACUGAAUGUGGAACAGCAUGCCGACUCAGGGAAACGUAACUCGAGGAUAUGCCAGCAUUACAAGAAAUCGCUAACAGCGUCCUUUGACCGAUAUCCUGAAGCAAACUACCUUGUUAUCUUGGAAGAAGAUUUUGAUGUGUCUGUAGAUAUUCUUAGCUACUUUAAACAACUUCUCCCAGUCCUGGAAAACGAUGAAAGUCUGUACUGUAUAUCUGCUUGGAAUGACCAGGGGUAUGACCACCUUGUAAAUGACCCGGCCAUGUUGUACAGAGUUGAGACUAUGCCCGGUUUAGGAUGGUAAGCAGAACAACUUUGCAUUUCCUCAGACAGCUGACGUGUUUGAGAAACAACUAGCUGAGUUCUACUUCUACUAGCUCUUCGCCUUUUACUUAUUUUGACCACGCACAAAAUUACCUUAAAAUCGAAGGAAACCAGAAAAUAAUAG